AAAAAAGAAAAAACUCCGAACCGUGUGCAAGUCUUGAAAUGAGCGAAGAGAAAAGAGGAAACCGAACCCUACUUACAUUCCCGCCUUUCUUCCACUGACCAUAUUUCCCCCAAACGGUGAAUCAAACCGGAGGACGACGAAGUUGAGUCAUGUGUGGCCGUUGUCGCUGUUCUAUCCGUCCAGAUGAUAUCCCUCGCUCUUGCAACCUCGGUAACCGCCGCGUUCGUUUCGUCGACACAGACCGGUAUCGUCCAGCAUAUAAUGUUUCCCCUGGAUCAAACUUGCCUGUUAUUCGAAGAGACACAGGAGCAAACAGUGAAGGAGCUGUUGUGCAGUGCAUGAAAUGGGGACUCAUUCCAAGCUUCACUAAAAACACAGAAAAACCAGACUAUUACAGGAUGUUCAAUGCUCGUUCAGAGUCAAUAGGUGAAAAGGCUUCAUUUCGUCGUCUUCUUCCUGGAAAUAGGUGUCUGGUUGUGGUGGAAGGAUUUUUUGAGUGGAAGAAAGAUGGUGGGAAAAAACAGCCAUACUAUAUUCAUCUGAGGGAUGAUCGACCCCUUGUCUUUGCUGCUCUUUAUGAUUCUUGGAAAAACUCUGAAGGGGAGAUUCAAUACACUUUUACUAUUUUGACAACAAGUUCUUCAUCAUCCUUUGGUUGCCUCCAUGACAGGAUGCCUGUUAUUUUAGGGAACAAGGAGUCAACUCAUGAGUGGCUAGAUGGAUCUCCAUCUUCCAAAUUUGAUUCAUUACUCAAACCCUAUGAAGAACCAGACUUGGUUUGGUACCCUGUGACACCAGCAAUGGGCAAGCCUUCUUUUGAUGGACCAGAGUGUAUAAAGGAGAUUCAAGUGAAGGAAACAAAACCAAUCUCGAUGUUCUUUGCAAAGAUGGGGACUAAAAUUGAAAAACAAUCAGAACCUAAAGAGGUUGAGAAAACAGAAAAACCAAAAAGUCCAAAACAGGAACCUGAAACAAAAUCUGAGACUUCACAUCUGAAACGUGAGUAUGAUGACGUGUCUUCAUCUGAUAUAAAAGUAAAAGUUGAUGAAGCUGACAUAAAGUUAACAAGCCCAGCUAAAAAGAAGGCCAACUUGAAGACCUCAUCUGAUAAUCAGAAAACACUUUUCUCCUACUUUGGUAAAAAUUAGUUUUUCAUGUAUAAAUGGACUCGAUACUUGUUAGUUGUUGUAAUCUUAUGUUGUAGGAAAUUUCAACUUUUUGUUACACUGCACUGGACUGAAACAAGCUUUCUAGGGCUAUUUUUGGUUUUGAAAA